AUGAUAGUAAGGUUGAGUUGUAAUGCAGAUGGUUACGAUCCGUUGGAUCCAAAUGGGAACAUAACAAUCAGAUGGGACGUGUUGAUAGACAAUGGUGAUGGCACACAAGAUGUGAGGCUAUCAAUCGUGAACAACCAGCUGUUCCGCCACGUGGAGCCUCCCGGGUGGCGGCUGAGCUGGGCGUGGGCCCACGAUGAGGUCAUCUGGGCCAUAACCGGCGCGGAAACCACCGAGCAAGGCAACUGCUCGAGAUUCAAAGGCUCGACGCUCCCACACUGCUGCGAUAAGGAGCCGGUGAUAAUCGACCUACUGCCCGGGACACCUUACAACAAGCAGGUCGCCAACUGUUGCCGAGCUGGCGUCCUGUCGUCCGUUUUGCAGGAUCCCGGGAGGCACGUGGCCGCCUUUCAGAUGCACGUCGGUGGGUCUAAGGCAGUCAAGGUGCCCGAGAAUUUCACGCUCGGGAUCCCGGGCUAUACUUGUGGCCCCGCCUUGAGAGUCGUGCCGACCAAGUUUAGCGAGGAUCAAGGGCGCCGAACGACUCAGGCGCUCGAGACGCAUAACGUGACGUGUUCGUACUCACAAUUCCGAGCUUCGGUUGCUCCUAGGUGUUGUGUUUCGUUGUCGGCUUUUUACAACACGACCAUCGUCCAGUGCCCUCGAUGUAGCUGUGCUUGCCAAGGACAACCUGGUUCAUCAUGUCUCAAGCCAGGAGAAAUGCCUCCGGUUCUGCAGCUGCCGCAUAACGAGCCACCAAAGCCGUUGGUGCAGUGUUCGAUACAUAUGUGCCCGAUUCAAGUCCACUGGCACAUCAAGCAGAGUUACAAAGAGUACUGGCGGGUCAAAAUCACCGUCAACAAUCUAAAUUUCGCCAAGAAUUACAGCGACUGGAAUAUGGUGGUCUUGCACCCAAACCUCAAGAAUGUGACGCAGGUUUUCAGCUUCAACUAUAAGCCUCUCAACGUCUAUGGCGACAUCAAUGACACAGGAAUAUUUUACGGGAUUCAGUACUACAACGAUGUGCUGCUGCAGUUAGGGAAAAAUGGUAAUGUGCAGUCUGAGAUGUUGCUGAAUAAAGAUAGGAGGACUUUCAGUUUCAGACAAGGAUGGGCUUUUCCUCGGAAGAUAUCUUUUAAUGGGGAAGAUUGUGUAAUGCCGUCCCCUGAUGAUUAUCCGAGGCUCCCGAAUUCGGCUCGUUUUCAUGCACAGGCAACAGCAGCUUCGGUUCUAUUUCUGCUGCCAUUCUUGCUGCUGCUAGUGGCUUGA